UUCACAGGUUUUUCUCCUCUUCUCGUCUCUGGCUCUCUCCCUCGCUGCUUUUCGUCCUUGUCCGACCCUUGGUCAAAAGCCCCUCUUUUCGCCCGACCUCCCCAUUCGCAGAAAGCCUCGAUUGAGCAUUCUGCUCGUUCCGCGUUUUUUGGUUUUCGAAUCAUCCUUGGAGCCUUGCCUUCCUCACCAAUCUCUUGCAAACUCAAGAGGUCCCCGAUUCUCAAACUUUCACCACCUCCCCUCCAUAACUUUCGGACUGUUCUCGCCUUGAUUGUCGAGGGCGCCGACAUCCGCAACAAACUUGUCUCACUCAACUCUACUCAUGGGUAACCGCUGCUCAGACAUGUCUCGCCCACCAGCCGAGACGGUCGUGGCGCGCCGUGGCGCGUCGUUGGUUUCCGAUCCUUCGCGCAAGACAUGCAAUGGCUGCCGCACAUGCGGCACAAACGGACACAGCAGCUCGAGCAGCAUAUCGUCGAGCAGUCGCAACAGCCUCUCCGAGCACGGCGAUCCCAUGCAAGACUACGACGCUGACGCAGAGCUCGACAUUCGCGAUCUCCACUACCCCGUGUAUUGCAAAAGCUCCGCCGACACAAGCCGCCUCAACACGUGGGUGGACAUUACCAACCGCUCCGACCAGUACCUGCCCAGCGUUCGUUCUGGGCACACUGCCGUCUGCACGGCUACACACAUGUACGUCUUUGGCGGCUACCACGAGCGCCAAUGCUUUUCGCAAGUCUACCGCAUGCACUUGAUUUCCCGCGAGUGGCGACGACUGAAUUGUGUCGGCGACAUUCCCGCCGAAUCCGCCUCGCACUCGAUGCUGGUCGUGGGCAACUACCUCCUGUCGUUUGGCGGCUCUGGCGCACACUUUGGCUCGAGCAACUCGAAUCGCCUCACAAUGUGCGAUCUCAACACGGGCGUUUGGACUCGCAUCAACGCAACGGGCACCCUCCCGAGCCCCCGCUACGGCCAGUCGAUGGUGCGCAUCCGCAAUUAUCUCUACGUGUUUGCAGGCACCUCGGGCAUGACCUUUUUCAACGACCUCUUCCGGUUCAACUUGGACACGUUUGUCUGGGACAAGAUUACCGCGCCCGGUGCGCCCUCCGAGCGGUACCGUCACGAGGCUGUCUCGAUUGGCGAUCGCUGCUAUGUCAUUGGCGGCGGCUCGCCCAACGCCAGCGCCGACCUGCUCGAGGAAAUUUAUUCGUUUGAUCACGUCUCGCAAACAUGGCAAAAACACAAGUGCCGCCCAAAGCCGCUGCCUCCGUCGCAGCAGCAACAGCAACAGCAACAACAGCAACAACAGCAGCAGCCAACAACAUCGGAACAGACCGAUGGUGAAAAUGCCCAGCCUCAAUCUGCCGACACUUUGGCCUUUUCCGCAUCGCAAGAGGCGCAGCGCGCCGGCGCCGCUGCCGGAACGCUGCCAAUGGACACAACGCCCGACUCGCAGCCCGUGUCCGACCAGAAUGGCGGCGUGGCCACCGCCCCGACCGCCAACGCAGCCCCGUUGACACAACACCAGCUGCAGAUGCAGGCACGCAUCCCUGCGUGCCGAAGAGCCCACUCUUGCGUCGCCUACAAUGGCUGCAUUUACAUGUACGGCGGAAUCGGAGCCUCCCAACUCUUUGACGACUUGUGGAAGCUCGACACUCGCACCUUUACAUGGGAGAUUGUCGACGCGGGUUCUGGUGCAGCACCGACGCUGGCGUCGCUCACGGCGCUGCAGCACUUGCCGCCAAACCAUCCUGCUGUCAUCCAGCACUUGCAAAUGCAAGUUGCUCAGCAGCAGCAGCAGCAGCAACCGCAGCAGCAGCCGCAGACCCGCACACCCCCUCACCGCGGCAGCAUCACCAGCGGCUCUGCGGCCAUCGCGCCCAACUCGGCCACCAAUGCCUUGGCCGUACAGAGUCAAGGCCUGAGUACCUCGAGUGGCAAGCUGCCGCACGAGCUGACCCGUCCAGGCGCCCGGUAUUUCCAUUCUGCCUGCAUUUCGCCCAGCGGCGAGAUGCUGCUCUUUGGCGGCUGCAAGGACAUGAUUGGCCUUCACCGAUGGAACGAUGUGCACAGCAUACGCGUUGCCACCCCAUCCUUGGCGGAGCUGUGCAUGCACGCCGUCACUGACGUCUUGCAUCACGACUGCCGUCAAUGGCAGCUUGUUCCUCCACACUUGCAAGAUUCCCUCGGAGAUUUGGAGGUUUUGCGUGAAAAGUACCAGCCCGCAUGAGCAAUCCAGUUCGUCCUAUUCGUUCUGUUGUCAAAAUGUUUUUCCUUGGUCCCGUUUUUGUCGUCGAGCAUCACGGCUUUCGUUUGCAAAGUGUAAAUUUCUUCAAGUCUUGCAUCUGGUUUUGCUCGUCGUCCCUGUUUUCCGUUUUGAGCUUUUUUAUUUUCCUAAAUCGCUUGUUAAUUCCUCCCCCCCUCCUCCACGCUGCUCGUGCUUGUAAACUCGAUUUUUGGUUGACUGUGAGCAGCGGUUUUCGAAUGAAACAAUCACCGAAAUAUUGCAUUCCUUGGUUUAUCAAUGUAGCACAUGGGCAAAAGCGAGAGUAGUGGC